GUCGAGUCACAGUAAAGGAAAAUGGGAUCAGUUGGAGACAUCUACCAAGCACAGCGUGCCAAGGGACCAGCCACAGUGCUGGCCAUCGGCACAGCCAAUCCAUCACAUGUCAUUUACCAGACUGGCUUCCCAGACUACUACUUCAGAACCACAAAGAGUGAGCACAAGGUCGAGUUGAAUGAGAAGUUCAAGAGAAUUUGUGAAAAAUCUUGUAUUACAAAACGCCACACCUUCUUAACAGAAAAAAAGCUAGAAGCAAAUCCCCAACUAUGCAACCCCACUGCUGCAAGCCUAGAUGCAAGGCAAGAUAUUAUGGUGGCUGAAGUACCUAAAUUGGCCAUGGAAGCUGCAACCAAAGCCAUUAACGAAUGGGGUCAAUCCAAAUCAAAGAUCACACACAUUGUAUUCACUACCAUUUCUGGUGUUGAUGCACCUGGUGUGGACUUUCAACUCAUCAGACUUCUUGGCCUUUCCCCAACUAUCCGUCGCGUAAUGAUGUAUCACCUAGGUUGCUAUGGUGGUGGCUCUGUGCUUCGUGUUGCUAAAGAUCUUGCUGAGAACAAUAAAGGUGCUCGUGUCCUUGUGGUUUGCUCAGAAUUAAAUUCUAUUAGUGGCUUUACUGGUCCAAAUAUUGCAGAUUUGCAUGGUCUGUUAGGGCAAGCAAUCUUUGGAGAUGGUUCUGCAGCUUUAAUAGUUGGUGCUGAUCCUGACAUGUCUGUUGAGCGUCCACUGUUCCAGCUCUUCUCAACAAGUUCUACUAUUCUUCCAGACUCAGAAGAGAUGGUUACAGCUCAUUUACGUCAAUCAGGUCUUGCAAUAAGUUUGUCUAGAGAUGUGGCGAAAACUAUUGCUGCAAAUCUUGAGAAAUGUUUGGUGGAAGCAUUUAGCAAGAUUGGUGUUAGUGAUUGGAAUUCUAUCUUUUGGGUAACUCAUCCUGGUGGUCCAGCAAUUCUCGACUUGAUUGAAUAUACACUUAGGUUGAAACAAGAGAAACUGAAGGCAUCAAGGAAAGUUUUGAGUGAGUUUGGUAAUAUGUCUAGCCCUACAGUGUUGUUUAUUUUGGAUGAGAUGAGGAAGAAAUCUAUGGAAGAAGGGAAAACAACAACUGGUGAUGGUUUUGAUUGGGGUGUGCUGUUAGGGUUUGGACCAGGUUUGACUGUGGAGACUGUUGUGUUGCGAAGUGUCCCUAUUGGUUCAAACAAUUAAGCAAGUGUAGUG